GGGAGACCAGAUAUAGUGAAUGCAGGGUCCGGGAGGGAGACCAGAUAUAGUGAAUGCAAGGUCCGGGGAGACCAGAUAUAGUGAAUGCAGGGUCCGGGGAGACCAGAUAUAGUGAAUGCAGGGUCCGGGGAGACCAGAUAUAGUGAAUGCAGGAUCCUGGGAGACCAGAUAUAGUGAAUGCAGGGUCCGGGGAGACCGGAGACCGGAUAUAGUGAAUGCAGGGUCCGGGGAGACCAGAUAUAGUGAAUGCAGGGUCCUGGGAGACCAGAUUUAGUGAAUACAGGGUCCGGGGAGACCAGAUAUAGUGAAUGCAGGGUCCUGGGAGACCAGAUAUAGUGGAUGCAGGGAGACCAGAUAUAGUGGAUGCAGGGUCCGGGGAGA